GUAAUAGUCCAUGAUGUGAAUGAGCUGACGGAAAAGCUGUUUCCCAUCGUUGAAGCCAUGCAGAAACACUUCAGUGCUGGAUCGGGGACCUACUAUAGCGACUCGAUCUUCUUCUUGUCAGUUGCUAUGCAUCGCAUCAUGCCCAAAGAAAUAACACAGAUCAUCCAGGUAGACUUGGACCUGAAGUACAAGACCAACAUCCGAGACCUGUUUGAUGAGUUUGAGAACUUCCCAGAGGGAGCAGUCAUUGGGAUUGCCAGGGAAAUGCAACCAGUGUACAGGCACACCUUCUGGCAGUAUCGCCGCGAGAACCCUCAAACCAGAGUUGGGGAGCCCCCUCCCGAUGGGCUGCCAGGCUUCAACAGUGGUGUCUUGCUCCUGAACCUGGAAGCCAUGAGGCAGUCCAAGCUCUACAACCAGCUGCUGGAGCCCACCAUGGUGCAGAAGCUGACGGAGAAGUACCACUUCAAGGGCCAUCUUGGGGACCAGGAUUUCUUCACCAUGGUGGGGAUGGAGCACCCAGAGCUCUUCCAUGUGCUUGACUGCACUUGGAACCGGCAGCUUUGCACAUGGUGGAGGGACCACGGGUACAGCGACGUGUUCGACCAGUACUUCCAGUGUGAGGGCGAGGUCAAAAUUUACCACGGGAACUGCAACACCCCAAUCCCUGAAGACUAGGGCACCUGCCACCCCCAGGAGCAGCUCUGACUGCAGCAGGCCCUG